AAAGUAAACUCCUCGUUUCGAAAUUAUUCUCUCCAGGUUGCUACAUUGGAAACCUUAUACAAUGAGCUGUUGAAUUUUUCGCAAACUCAUCCUAAUUUCACGGAAAGAAUUCCAAAUUUCAGUCUUCUCCUCUCAGGUAUUAAUAGACAAAGGGAAUUGGCGAAUAAAAUUCAAGCGAAUAUUGUUAUUUUAAAGGAUGAGGCAAAAUUCAAUUCCUCUCUUUUCAAAUUCAUUGUCUCCAUUCAGCAAGCUAUUGGUACUCUUACUUCUAAACCAACAAUAAUGAAUGAAUUCACAAAGCAGAGCAAUAAAUUGGUGGAUUUUAUUACAGACUUUGUUAAAAAGGAAGGAAAUAGCACUUUCAGUCGCAUAACUAAACUGCUAAUGCCCUGCUUCAAAGCACAUGAGGCCUAUUCAACUGUUGUGGACACAUUGUGUGGUGAAACUGGGAUAAUUUAUCGCCUAAUAGGCGGCAUCUCCGUCUUGGCACUCAGCGUCCUUCUAUUGCUCAUUCUUUAUUUUGCCAUCUUCAACUUCGUCUUCCUCCAGUUUGUGCUCAUAAGAAUGGACAAUAAAAAGUAA